AGGUCAGCUCAGUUAGGAAUGAGUGGUGGUCAUCUUUACGAAAGUGACGGAUGGUUGUCCUGGGGCCAACGGUGCAAGGUUCCUCGGCAGAGUGCUGUACACUGUUGCUAAUGGAAGAACUUCUCGUUUCCUUUUUCUUCCUAUUGUUGGCCAUGCUUUAAUAUUUUAUGGGACACGUGCACUGGAAGGGACAGAGGCAAUGAAGGAACAAUGGUCGUGCUUUUUCUUCCUGGACCUUAAGUAAAGGGCUUUCAGCCGACUUGUGUUUUGAGACCCCGGGCCAGCCUAGAUUGCUCUCCAGAGUCAAAAAUGACCUUGACCUCCUGAUCCAUCUCUGCCUCCAGAGCGCUGGGAACAUUAGCACCGUGCCCCGUGCUGAGGAUUGAACCCUCCUGUAUGCCUGGUGAGGGUCAGACUGAGAGAAGAGGCUCAGAACUGAAGAGAGAGGAUCUGAGGAUGGAAAUAAAUUCAGCUGGGCUGCAAGAGCCGAUCAUCAGAUGUGCAUUCAUCUGGAUCUUCAGAUGCGCAUAUGGAUGCAUCUGGACCCUCAGAUAGUGAUAUGCCAAGUCGAACACGACCUAAAAGCCCAAGAAAACACAAUUAUAGGAAUGAAAGUGCCCGUGAAAGCCUUUGUGAUUCUCCUCAUCAGAAUCUUUCAAGACCUCUUCUAGAAAACAAGCUUAAAGCAUUCAGUAUUGGAAAAAUGAGCACAGCAAAGCGAACUUUAAGUAAGAAGGAACAAGAGGAACUGAAGAAAAAGGAGGAUGAAAAGGCAGCUGCUGAAAUUUAUGAGGAAUUUCUUGCUGCUUUUGAAGGAAGUGAUGGUAAUAAAGUGAAAACAUUUGUUCGAGGCGGGGUUGUUAAUGCAGCUAAAGAUGAACAUGAAACAGAUGAAAAAAGAGGUAAAAUCUAUAAGCCAUCUUCAAGAUUUGCAGAUCAAAAAAAUCCUCCAAAUCAGUCAUCCAAUGAAAGGCCACCUUCUCUUCUUGUGAUUGAAACGAAAAAACCUCCACUGAAGAAAGGGGAGAAAGAAAAGAAAAAAAGCAAUUUGGAACUUUUCAAAGAAGAACUAAAACAAAUUCAGGAAGAACGUGAUGAGAGACAUAAAACAAAGGGCAGGUUAAGUCGAUUUGAGCCUCCUCAGUCAGAUUCUGAUGGUCAGCGGCGUUCUAUGGAUGUGCCUUCAAGAAGAAAUCGAUCAUCUGGUGUUCUUGAUGAUUAUGCACCUGGCUCACAUGAUGUAGGAGAUCCCAGUACGACUAAUUUAUACCUUGGAAACAUUAAUCCACAGAUGAAUGAAGAAAUGCUGUGCCAAGAGUUUGGAAGAUUUGGACCAUUAGCUAGUGUAAAAAUUAUGUGGCCUAGAACUGAUGAAGAAAGAGCAAGAGAAAGAAAUUGUGGCUUUGUGGCUUUUAUGAAUAGAAGAGAUGCUGAAAGAGCUCUAAAAAAUUUAAAUGGGAAAAUGAUUAUGUCUUUUGAAAUGAAGUUAGGUUGGGGUAAAGCUGUACCUAUUCCUCCGCAUCCAAUAUACAUUCCGCCUUCUAUGAUGGAACACACACUUCCCCCACCUCCUUCCGGACUGCCUUUUAAUGCGCAGCCUAGAGAGCGAUUAAAAAACCCCAAUGCGCCCAUGUUACCACCACCUAAAAACAAGGAGGAUUUCGAGAAGACUCUGUCGCAAGCCAUAGUCAAAGUGGUUAUCCCAACAGAAAGGAAUUUGCUCGCUCUGAUACACCGAAUGAUAGAAUUUGUUGUGCGUGAAGGGCCAAUGUUUGAAGCUAUGAUUAUGAACAGAGAAAUCAACAAUCCUAUGUUCAGGUUCUUAUUUGAAAACCAGACACCAGCGCAUGUUUACUACAGGUGGAAGCUUUAUUCUAUUCUGCAGGGAGAUUCUCCAACUAAAUGGCGGACAGAAGAUUUUCGUAUGUUCAAAAACGGAUCUUUUUGGAGGCCACCACCAUUAAAUCCUUACCUUCAUGGGAUGUCAGAAGAACAAGAGGCAGAAGCCUUUGUGGAGGAACCUAGUAAAAAGGGAGCACUCAAGGAAGAACAGCGGGAUAAAUUAGAAGAAAUCUUGCGAGGAUUAACUCCAAGAAAAAAUGAUAUUGGAGAUGCCAUGGUUUUCUGUCUUAAUAAUGCGGAAGCUGCUGAAGAAAUAGUGGAUUGCAUUACUGAGUCGUUGUCCAUCUUAAAGACACCUCUUCCCAAGAAGAUUGCCAGGUUAUAUUUGGUUUCUGAUGUUUUGUACAACUCUUCAGCCAAAGUUGCCAAUGCUUCAUAUUAUAGGAAAUUUUUUGAAACAAAGCUAUGUCAGAUAUUUUCAGACCUCAAUGCUACUUAUCGUACAAUUCAAGGCCAUUUACAAUCUGAAAAUUUUAAGCAACGGGUAAUGACUUGCUUCAGAGCAUGGGAAGAUUGGGCAAUCUACCCAGAGCCAUUUUUGAUCAAACUUCAAAAUAUUUUCUUAGGACUUGUAAAUAUCAUUGAAGAAAAGGAAACAGAGGAUGUCCCAGAUGAUCUUGAUGGUGCUCCCAUUGAGGAAGAGCUUGAUGGUGCGCCUCUGGAAGAUGUGGACGGGAUUCCCAUUGAUGCUACUCCCAUUGACGAUCUUGAUGGAGUCCCUAUAAAAAGUCUUGAUGAUGAUUUGGAUGGAGUGCCUUUGGAUGCAACUGAAGACUCUAAGAAGAAUGAACCCAUAUUUAAAGUUGCCCCAUCAAAAUGGGAGGCUGUAGAUGAAUCUGAAUUAGAAGCACAAGCUGUGACAACUUCCAAGUGGGAGCUAUUUGACCAGCAUGAAGAAUCAGAAGAAGAAGAAAACCAAAAUCAAGAAGAAGAAAGUGAAGAUGAAGAAGACACUCAGAGCUCCAAAUCAGAAGAGCAUCAUUUGUAUUCUAACCCUGUCAGAGAAGAAAUGACUGAGUCUAAGUUCUCUAAAUACUCAGAAAUGAGUGAAGAAAAACGAGCUAAGCUUCGUGAAAUUGAGCUCAAAGUUAUGAAGUUUCAAGAUGAAUUGGAAUCUGGAAAGAGACCUAAAAAACCAGGCCAGAGCUUCCAGGAACAAGUCGAGCACUACAGAGAUAAAUUGUUGCAACGAGAAAAGGAGAAAGAGUUAGAAAGAGAACGAGAAAGAGACAAAAAAGAUAAAGAAAAAUUGGAAUCCCGAUCCAAAGACAAGAAGGAGAAAGAUGAAUGUACUCCAACAAGAAAAGAAAGGAAAAGACGGCAUAGUACUUCUCCCAGCCCAUCUCGGAGUAGCAGUGGUAGGCGAGUGAAGUCCCCAUCUCCAAAAUCAGAACGGUCAGAACGCUCAGAAAGAUCUCAUAAAGAAAGCUCACGGUCCAGGUCAUCUCACAAAGAUUCUCCUAGAGAUGCUAGCAAGAAAGCUAAAAGGUCACCAUCUGGUUCAAGGACGCCUAAAAGGUCUAGGCGGUCUCGGUCUAGGUCGCCUAAGAAAUCAGGAAAGAAAUCCAGAUCCCAGUCCCGGUCUCCACACAGGUCUCAUAAAAAGUCAAAGAAAAACAAACACUGACAUAUAUUUUUAAGAUGCUGUCACUUAUUGGAAAUGCAAGUUUGUUUUGUGCCUGAAUGGUCUGUUUGUUUUUUGUUUGUUUUUUUUUUUU